CAGUUCUUGGCUGUUUGUCGUCAAUCGGUCUCGACCGCGCACCACACGUCCCCACUUACCUAACUUAUUCAGAUAACGGCCUGUCAAGGAGUGGAGUGGCGACCGCAAGCAACACCCAGGCUUGGGAACAGACCCCCGGCCCGACUCCUAUUUUGCCUCAUUGAGUGAAGACAGCAUAGAACCACAAACAUUGUUUGAUCCAUCUUUCCAGCCUCGGGUCACUUCCUAUUCUUUCGCACAACAAGCACCUCCAGUCCCAUUUUCCCGUGUUUCAACCUUCGUCGGCACUUAAUUUCAGAGUUCACCUUGAACAUCAGAGCAAUUUCCCGACGAGCCUUGAUACUAGCACACAAACCGCCACUACUACGCCACCAUCUCAACCAAAAAAAGGACCAUCCUACCAAGCGCGCACACGACCAACCAUGGCAGCAAUCAUGCCGCGUCUUCCAGACGCAGCCCAGAACAUCUUCCAGCAGCCACAGUCGCAACCAUUUCGCUCUUCGAAUCCUUACCAGACUCAGUACCUCAACCGACAGUCAUCACCACCAAACAACGGCAGCAUGUUGAAGCAGGACUCGCCUCCAUCGCCCUCGGGCUUCCCGUCGCGACGGCGCGGCAACGCUCCGCUAUUUGUCCCUGCCGUGCUGCGCCCAAAUGAGUUCCCGUCGCGAGAGCCCCAAGAGCAUCGCGCCCAUGCAAGUGUCGAUCUGCCGUCCUCCGCCCCUAGGUCGUCUCCCGGCUCGGGCUUCAUCAACCUCGCCGGCAUCGGUGCCAUCAGCAUAAGUCGCUUCGCGCGCAGGUCGUCUGCCGACAGCAAUAGCUUUGUCGAGUCCGAACUGGACAAGAAGCUUUUCCCGCCCGUCACAGCAGAGCCAAAGCGCAGCCACUGGAAGCCCGAUGAGUCUGCUACUGUGUGCGACCACCCAAGCUGUACCAAGCGUUUCGGAUACUUUACACGCCGUCAUCACUGUCGCAGCUGUGGUAACAUCUACUGCGAUCCCCACUCAUCCUACCAGAUUCCUUUGGACGAGGACGCGCAGUACAACCCUCGCGGACAGCUUAGCCGUGCUUGCGGCAUCUGCUUCGACCAGUUCCGCGUUUGGUCCUCUAGCAGCAGCAAAGCGUCCAGCGACACGUCCUCCACACGCCCGUCGACGCGGGUGACCGAAGCCGGGUCUGUUUCCACCGCUCCCAGCAGCCCGGUGUCCACAGUCGCUGUUCCGGUUCAUCCGAAUGGCGGAAGCAAGGGGAGCGCACCAACGCAGGCACCUUACAUGGACGUGGCUCAGAGCGUUCCCCGUGACUGGAACUGGAGCACGUUUUAGAGUGACGACUCCCUUCCCACCACUCCUGCAGAUAUCCUUUUCCCUGAUGAGCAACGUCAGAAUCCCCUCAAGCCAAUUUACGCCAUCUGGCCGAAAGACGAGCUCCCAGUCGACGAGAACAUCUCUGCAGAAACCAAACAAAAGGCAGAGGCCCAUUUGAAAGAGCCACCCAACCAAAGUCAGGAGCCUAGAGCUGCCUUCAGGUUCCCGAGCAGAUUGAGCGAAGAGCAUAGGCGCCGCGUGCAAGAGGACUACGAACGCCAACAAGUUCAAGAUGCGUUUGAGAAACGAUGGCGCGUCCCUCUGGUCGUGGUCCGCAAUAUUCGAAGCUGCGCUGCUGCUAUUCGUCACAAGCUGGUCUCUUCCCGCCUGUCCCGGCAAUUUCAUCGGGUCUCUGCCACAUUCCGCCCAGCAACCGUCACUUUUACGCCUAUUACCACUUCGUGAUACUUUUUUUUUCACUCGACACUUUACAAGACCAAAGACAACUCUUAUUAGAACAUAUAAACAGCAGUCCGGCAGCGGAGGUGCAUUUUGUUUCAGCGCCGCAUCUUCGCCUCGUCUUUUCAUCACCAUUUCAAGAGAUACCCCAAUCCUCUGUUGGACCUUGAACCGUCCUACCACCAGGAUUUUUAAUGUUCUUCUGUCAGAUCACUCACUCGAUCACCUCACCAAGCCAGCCAUUUCUUUUCGGGCUAUGAGUAUGUUCCCUGGACCUCUUUCAAGGACUGUCUGAAAAAGCUCUUUAGACUGGGAAAACAAUCACCUUUGCGCCUUGGUUAAAGCGAGGAGAUCUGAGCGAUUUUGACAUGUUUUAACUUUGUCUACUUUUCUGCAUUCUCUUUCACAUAAUGUCUUUCUUACAACUCUAUAUUUCCGGUUUCGUUUAUAUGGUCAUGGAUCUGGGGCGUUGCGGAUGGUUAUGGUCUGUUUCUGAUUUUGCCUCCAAGACCCACGCCGUUGCCACAAGCUACGUGACUUUUGGUGUCUUGAUAUCAUGCGGUUUGGCUUUGGGUUCAUUGGUUUUGUUUUGCUUCUUCAUUUGCAUUUGGAAUCGUUUGGAGUUUUUUUUUUUUUUUUUUUUUUUUUUUGUUUUUUGUGAGCCAGUUCUGCUUUUUCCC